UAAAGAAAAAUACAAAGACAAUCCUCACCAAACGCCAUCUUGAAACUGUGGCACUGGUCACAGAAGAGGGAAACGUUGAGGAUACUGCACGCAUGGGAAAAUGCUGUACUGCCGUGCUUGUCUUGGAUACGCUCAUGACUUGACAGCAGCCGUGUUGACAAAACGAAUUAACUGUUUGAUCUCAUGUGUGUUUCCCAACGACGUUUCUGAUUAAAUCUUGGUUGUUCCAAAGCUGCAAUUGGAUACGAUUUUUACAGACACUGGUUGCCAGCUUUUACCGUAUGCACAACUAGCUCGCAAAAGUCAACCGACAGAACACGUUGCAAUCCACUGGGAAGGGAAAAUGCAAUGUCUCUGUUUGGAAUCGGAUUAUGCGCUAGCAUAACGUUAACGUUACAUUCUGGAAGGUGAAGACAGCGUUGUGAGGACCAAGAAAUGAGAUGUAUCAAAUAUAACGUUAGUCCACUACAUGUGGUGUAUUGAAACGUCUUAUUUAGCUAACGUUAGAUAAUUUACGAUAACUAGACAACUAAGUAAUUUAAACUACCUGACGCUAGCUAACGUACACAUUUUUAAGAUUCGGGGUUAAUUAGCUAUGUUCCAUAGUAUUGUUGCUAAAUUUACCUAGUUUAGUCUUAUUGGGUCAAAUAACAAUGUUGAACAAUUGGAAAUCGUUAGUAAUAUUGCUAGCUACUAGUAGUACUGUAACAUGCUAACUAACGUUUAGAUGGUUCGUUAGACCAACCUGCAACAAGUCAGUCAAUAGCUAUUUUUUUUUUUACCAUUUUGUAGUCUAGCUACACAAGUAUCACUUCUUCCAUAUUUGUGGGCAUAAUUCGUCAGGACCUUCAACUGUGUAACGUAGUAGCUGGCCAGUGGAUCUUUUGGAGUGGGUCUUCUCAACAAACACCUGUCAGCUGGAAAGUCCGUGUCAAUACCACAACAUGUACUAGACAAUACUAGCUUGCAAACUAGCUGGCUAGUUACGUUAGUCUUUUUUUUUUAUUUAGCUUUUUGCACAGACCUUCAUAACACACAGUGGAGGAGCAAACCUUUGCAGCAGUGUGUUGUGUUUAUUUCCCGGAAAUAAAAAGGAUUUCAAUUGGAUUGAAAAUGGGAGCCGCUAGCGAGCUGGCGUUUGCUGUUUUUCUCAUCUCGUUGUCCUCAGGUGCAAUCCUGGGUCGCUCGGAGACACAGGAGUGCGUUUACUACAACUCCAGCUGGGAGAAGGAGCGAACCAACCGCAGUGGCAUCGAGGCUUGCUACGGAGACAAGGACAAGAGGCUCCACUGCUUCGCCACCUGGAAAAACACCUCGGGAACCAUCGAGAUCGUCAAGCAGGGCUGCUGGCUGGACGAUGUCAACUGCUAUGACAGUAGCGAAUGUGUGGAGACGAAAGAGAGUCCGGACGUCUUCUUUUGCUGCUGCGAAGGCAACAUGUGCAACGACAAGUUCCUCUACAGCCCCGACGCGCAGGCUGUCCAAAGUAAGUCGUCAUCGACCGCCAACCCGUUUAACCAGAAGCCUCAGCUGUUCAACACUCUGCUGUACUCUCUGGUGCCCAUUAUGGGCAUCGCCGCCAUCGUCCUCUUCUCCUUCUGGAUGUACCGUCAUCACAAGCUGGCAUACCCGCCCGUCCUGGUGCCGACACAGGACCCACUGGGGCCACACACCCCUCCCUCGCCCAUCAUGGGGCAGAAGCCACUGCAGUUGAUCGAGGUCAAAGCCAGGGGGCGCUUCGGCUGUGUGUGGAAGGCUCAGCUCCUGGACGACUACGUGGCUGUCAAGGUCUUCCCCAUUCAGGACAAGCUUUCAUGGCAGAACGAGUAUGAGAUCUACAGCCUGAGUGGGAUGAAACACGAGAACCUGCUCCACUUUAUCGGUGUGGAGAAGAGAGGCAACAACAUGGACAUAGACCUCUGGCUCAUCACAGCCUAUCACGACAACGGCUCUCUGACUGAUUACCUGAAGGCCAACGUGGUGUCGUGGAACGAGCUGUGCCACAUCUCCCAGACCUUGGCCCGUGGCCUGGCCUAUCUCCACGAGGACAUCCCUGGGCUGAAGGACGGACACAAGCCCGCCGUCGCACACAGGGACAUGAAGAGCAAGAACGUGCUUCUGAAGAACAACCUGACAGCCUGCAUAGCGGACUUCGGCCUGGCCCUGAAGUUUGAAGCUGGGAAGUCAGCAGGAGACACCCACGGACAGGUGGGCACGAGGCGCUACAUGGCCCCUGAGGUGCUGGAGGGGGCCAUCAACUUCCAGAGAGACUCCUUCCUGAGGAUAGACAUGUACGCCAUGGGGCUGGUGCUGUGGGAGCUGGCCGCUCGCUGCACCGCUGCAGACGGUCCUGUGGAUGAGUACACACUGCCCUUCGAGGAGGAGGUCGGCCAGCACCCGUCUCUAGAGGACAUGCAGGAGGUGGUGGUCCACAAGAAGCUACGGCCCUGCCUCCGAGAGUGCUGGCAGAAACACACAGGCCUGAUGAUGCUGUGUGAGACCAUCGAGGAGUGCUGGGACCACGAGGCCGAGGCGCGGCUCUCGGCGGGCUGCGUGGAGGAACGCAUCAUCCAGAUGCGACGCCAGACCAACAUUGUCGCCCCCGAGGAGAUUGUCACCGUCGUCACCAUGGUGACCAACGUGGACUUCCCUCCCAAAGAGUCCAGCCUAUGAAUGGACAGACAUUGACUGGGCGUGUCAGGUGGUGGACAUGGAGCUAUUUUGACUGGAUGUUUUCAGGUACACAUUGAUCGACCAGAGUGGCCCUUUCAGGAUCAUGAACUCUGGGUGACCCCGGGUUCAUCUCUGACCCUUGACCCCCUCAGCUGGGCGUGCUGGCAUGGCGUGGUUGUGUUUUAGUGCUGGGCGCUACACUACUGUCAUUCAGGAAAUACCUGGCUGUGCCCACCAACACUGGUUUGGUUUCUACCCACUUCAUAGUAUCACGAUGUGUUGGAUUCAGGUGGACUCCCAUAGCGAGCCUCAAACUGUACAACAGACUCCUUCAAAAGAGCAACACUAGGUCGUAACAAAACGCUGUGAGCUGGGCAAAAGGGAUAUUUUCUAUAUGAAAACACUAGGACCGCCUAACAGACUUCUGUUCUAUUUUCUAAGAAAAAGAAGAGGGAGAGGAUGGACGCUCCAAGAGGAAGAACUGUUAUGGCUCAGUGAAGGAAAAAGGGCAACUUGUUUUAAAAUUCCUUUGCGGUUUUCUUUCUGUGUUUAAAUGAUAAUGACAACGUGUAAAUGCCAAUAAGAAACAGCUUCUGAAUGUCACGUGUACUGCUGCUGUACAUCAUAUCAAAACAAUGGCAGUCAAGGUUUAUUUUAGGGGAGUGGGGGGAUCCAUUUCCAAGCGUUACUACUUUGAAAGCAAAACCAUAGACCUCCCUCAAAUCAACAAGGUAUACCUCAGUUCCAUCUUCAUUACAACACUGCAACUCUAGAGACAGAACUACUGUUGUUUCUAGUUCUAUUAAGUAUAUUUCUGGGACGACAACAAUCUCUCUGGAAACCGUUCAGAUGACAUCAUUACUUUGGUAUUAUCGAACUGUAUACUGUACAGCUGUGGCAGGUGAAAAUAGAACCAUUAUCACCACAGUUUUUUAAAACUAUCCCGCCAAGAGUUGUAUGACCAUACAUUUACACACGUGUAUCUGCCUUCUUGUUUUUCUUCUUUGCACGAUUUUGUUUUGUCCUUGUUUUUUUCCUUAUUAUUUUUCCUUAUUUUGUCCUUCCUUGCGGUUUUAAUUAGUUUUUUAUUGAAAACAUGUUACUCCUACAUUUUAAGAGUAUUUCAAUAACCCCCUAACUCAUUGAAAAUUAUUUUAAAAUGCACUUCUUCCUUAUUUUGGCUUGCUGUGUCAAUCGAGUAUUUAAUGAUGUGAGCAUGCCUUUUGGAUAUCCUUUGGUCUUCUUUUUAAACAAGCUCAGGAAGCUACUCUUCUGUCUCUCUUGACUCCCUAGUUAAUAUCCAUCUGUAUCUCCCAGUCCCUAGCUACUUCUCGAGUCCCUAGCUACUACCCUUCUGUCUCUCCCGAGUCCCUAGCUACUACCCUUCUGUCUCUCCUGAGUCCCUAGCUACUACCCUUCUGUCUCUCCUGAGUCCCUAGCUACUACCCUUCUGUCUCUCCUGAGUCCCUAGCUACUACCCUUCUGUCUCUCCUGAGUCCCUAGCUACUACCCUUCUGUCUCUCCUGAGUCCCUAGCUACUACCCUUCUGUCUCUCCUGAGUCCCUAGCUACUACCCUUCUGUCUCUCCUGAGUCCCUAGCUACUACCCUUCUGUCUCUCCUGAGUCCCUAGCUACUACCCUUCUGUCUCUCCUGAGUCCCUAGCUACUACCCUUCUGUCUCUCCUGAGUCCCUAGCUACUACCCUUCUGUCUCUCCUGAGUCCCUAGCUACUACCCUUCUGUCUCUCCUGAGUCCCUAGCUACUACCCUUCUGUCUCUCCUGAGUCCCUAGCUACUACCCUUCUGUCUCUCCUGAGUCCCUAGCUACUACCCUUCUGUCUCUCCUGAGUCCCUAGCUACUACCCUUCUGUCUCUCCUGAGUCCCUAGCUACUACCCUUCUGUCUCUCCUGAGUCCCUUGCUACUACCCUUCUGUCUCUCCUGAGUCUCUAGCUACUACCCUUCUGUCUCUCCAGUCCCUAGCUACUACCCUUCUGUCUCUCCAGUCCCUAGCUACUACCCUUCUGUCUCUCCUGUCCCUAGCUACUACCCUUCUGCCUCCAGUUCCUACCCACUACCCUUCCCUCUCUCCUGUCCCUAGCUACUACCCUUCUGCCUCCAGUUCCUACCCACUACCCUUCCCUCUCUCCUGUCCCUUGCUACUACCCUUUUGUCUCUCCAGUCCCUAGCUACUACCCUUCUGUCUCUCCAGUCUCUAGCUACUAUCCUUCUGUCUCCAGUCCCUGGCUACUACCCUUCUCUCUCUCCUGUCCCUAGCUACUACCCUUCUGUCUCUCCAGUCCCUAGCUACUACCCUUCUGUCUCCAGUCCCUAGCUACUACCCUUCUCUCUCUCUCUUCAGUCCCUAGCUACUACCCUUCUCUCUCUCUCCAGUCCCUAGCUACUACCCUUCUCUCUCUCUCCAGUCCCUAGCUACUACCCCUCUCUCUCUCUCUCUCUCCAGUCCCUAACUACUACCCCUCUCUCUCUCUCUCUCCAGUCCCUAGCUACUACCCCUCUCUCUCUCUCUCUCCAGUCCCUAGCUACUACCCUUCUCUCUCUCUCUCCAGUCCCUAGCUACUACCCUUCUCUCUCUCCAGUCCCUAGCUACUACCCCUCUCUCUCUCUCUCUCCAGUCCCUAGCUACUACCCUUCUCUCUCUCUCUCUCCAGUCCCUAGCUACUACCCUUCUCUCUCUCUCUCUCCAGUCCCUAGCUACUACCCUUCUCUCUCUCUCUCUCUCUCUCUCUCCAGUCCCUAGCUACUACCCUUCUCUCUCUCUCUCUCUCUCUCCAGUCCCUAGCUACUACCCUUCUCUCUCUUUCUCCAGUCCCUAGUUACUACCCUUCUGCUUUGAGACCCGGGUGACCUUUCACACUGACUCUCUCUCUUCCUGGUGCCAUCUCAACCGUAGUGUUAAAACAUCUCUACUUCUAGCCUCUCUAUCAUCUCAACUCAGUUGAGCCUUUUAAUCAGUGUGACAACGUUACUACUGUAGACCCACCCUGGGCAAAACAAGGAUGACUCUCGUCGUCCUUCCGGAAUUUGAUUUGUGAAUGUGUUCUAUAUUCCAUUUCUAGCUUGUUGUAUGAGCUCAGAUUUGUCUUCUGGGUGACAUUGACACGGAUGAUGAUGCGUUCAUCUUUGCAUUCUCUCUCUUCACACCUAGUCAGUGUUUAAACUGGAAUUACAACAUCUUCAACAACGUUCAGGGAUUCAAUACUAUGCUUUUCAGUAAUUACUACAGUAUAUGCAACCCGUGCAGAAUGGUGCAACGUACGUACUUGCAUUGCUGCAGGAGCGACUUUCACACCACUGUAGCAUUUCAAAAAAAAAAAAUGUAAUCUUGUCUAUUGAUGUUUUAAUGAUUUGCUGAGCUGAGCUUUUGGGUAUUAGACAGAGAGCAGGUGGGCAGGUGCCAACUCAAAGAAUUAUUACUUUACCUCUAUCUGAAAGACAGUGGAACGGACUUAGGGAAAGCCCAACUGUAUUACCUGAUUGUGGCUGUACUCUUGGGGGUAAAGGCUGCAGUUGGCCAGUGGUCUCGCAGCGGAUGUAGGCUCUAUCGCAAUUAGUCUUUCCUUGAUUCCUCACAUCCUAUCUCCUUGCCUAAUAUGGUUGAGGAGGAGGAGAGGGGAUGCGAAGAUUCAAGGAAAUUUUAAUUGAGAAAGCCAUAGAAUGGUGGCCGUUACUGUGAAUCCCCUCCCUCGCUACACACUGGAACCCUGUAGCGCUCAGCAAUAGCAACUAGCAAGCAAAGGGCAUUGGAGGAAGAGUGGAAGGGGCACCAGUUUCCAAGCAGUUAGUGGUGAACCAACAGUCUGAUAUACAAUCACUACAGUACUUCUGCAUUAUUUUGGUUGUUGUUUGUGCUUCUGAGAAACAAAAUACAUAUGUAGCCAUGUUGUGGUCUUCUGAUGAUUUCUGGUAUUUUGAGGAUGUCAUUUUGUGUACAUGAUUUUAUUUUUAAACCACAACUACUUCUACAAAGCUGAUUUCACUGUACAGACGUUUUAAACCCCAAGCCACACUUACAAUCUUCUUUGUUGAUCAGACCUUGGCCUUCUUGUGAGAGUUGACUUUCUUUCAGAUAAACUUCAGAAAGCCCAAAUAACAUUUGACUUCAGAUUGACUGGGAUAUUGAAAUGCACAUUAUGUAAAUAUAUGUCAUUUUUAGAUCGUAGAUGAUGGAUAUAGCAUGAGGUUGUUUCUAUUGUUAUUAGAAUAUAUCACAAAGAUGGGAAAAAGUCCCAGAUAAAUGAAUUAUUACAUAAUAAGAUUUUACCUGUUUAUUUUGUAUAUCUAUGUUUUUAAAUUGUAUCAAUUUAUGGCCCAAAUGGCCCAAAACGGUCACUCUUCCUUCCCCAGAUGAGACUAACUUCUUUCUAAGGUGAUCUGAUGAAAAUCCCCUCAAAUGGAACCCUGAAUCAACAGUUAUAUACCAUUUUCACACUACUGAGCUGAGCCGAACUAAGCCGAACUGAGUUGGAUAGAGAUGGCCUGGUUAAGCAUCCACCAUAGUUGCUGGAAGAAAGCUGAAAAUGACAAUGUGAUCGGAAAAUAUCAGAGCCAGCAAAGUAUGUUUCGGGUUGGCUCAGUAGUGUGAAAAUAGUCAUUGUUUUACCUCAGACAUCCUAGCUCAGACCCUUAUGUUACACUACAACAUUGUGACAUACCAUUGCUACAAUGUUCCAGCAGUGUUGCAAGAAUGUUAUUCCUUGUAUGUGACCAGCAGACAGUGUUUUCUGUAACACACUUCCUCUCAAAACAACACUAAAGCUAAACCUAGGUUAGCUUCGGUUCUGUAUUUGCUGAUAGUCGAACAGUGUGACUUGGCACAAAUGACUGUUCUAUUGGCAAGUGGACUUGCCAAUCAUUUUUAUGCUUUGAAGUUAUUUAACAAACUUUUUCAGAUGCCUGGUUGGAAGUGGAUGUUAAAUAUUGUACAGAGAAAUUGUAUGCUAUUGUCCCUCAAAUAAAGUAUAGUGACUGCUA